UCAGGGAGAUGAAAAACACACAGACGGUGGUGGCAAAGAAAAUCAUGAUGACCUAGAUUAAUUCUGGAAAGGGUUUAACACAGUAUGGAACUUGUAAUGGCCUUUGGCUCUCUGGGAGUUCUUUCUUAAAAAUUGGAUCAGCCACUUUGUUUACUGGUGCAGUGAAUGCUGCCAGAUUGCAAAGAAAGUUGAAGUCUUAAGAGCCAAAGUCACUCUUUGCCUCUGAGCCUGGAAAAGCUGUUGUAACAAUUUAGAUGUUUCUUCAUAAAAGGCCAUAGAGAAGGAUUCAGAGAUUCAACCUCCGAUUUGUGGCCUCUUUGAUUCGGAUGGGCUUCCUUCAACCAUGUCCGAGCUACAUUUCCUCAGUGCCUUAGAGCUGUCAUAUAAUAACUCUUUUGGGAAAAUUCGAUCAAGCACCUAAUUGCAGAGCUUUAGUGCAUCUGCUUCUUUUUUUUCUUUUCUUUUUUUUUUGGGUAAUUCUGCACUCUGUGGACCUUCUCCAGCACCAACAUGCUCUGGUGAAGAAAGACCUACAGAUGGUGGUUCCAGUACAAUCAAGACGAUGAAGAUGAAUUUUGGAAAGAAUUUAAACCCAGUAUGGAACUUGGAAUGAUGGCUUUUGGCUUUCUGGGAGCUUUGGCUUUAAACUUGGAUCAUCCAGGGAAACAUGCUUGCUUCUUGUUUUUUGACUUUGACUACAUGAAGAUCUGCCUCAGUAACUUGAAGGCAGUACUUUGUCUGGUGGUAACAGUUAGUGCUACCAGAUUGCAAGAACGUUCAACUUGCUACCCUGGAGCCCAAGGAAGAGGGUAUGUUUUAAGUGCUUCUUCAGAAUUCAAGGACUUGAUGUUCUCUUGUGAAGUGAAAUUCCAAGCUGUUCAUAUAAGUAGAAGGGUUCCAAAACUCAGACAGCAAAACCAAAUGAUUAGAAGUGCUGUUGGACUCAAUUCAACAGCUGGAGAUCAUGAAGUUAGGGGCAUGGAGAGGGAAAGACAAGUACUUCUUGCAUUUAAGCAAGUUUUGGUUGAUGACUAUGGUGUGCUUUCCUCCUGGGGAAGUGAAGAAGAGAAAAGGGAUUGCUGCAAAUGGAGAGGAGUUCAGUGUAGCAAAGCUACUGGGCACGUAAUUGAGCUUUCUCUUCAGGAUUGCUCUUUAAGAGGUGGACAUCUUCUCAGUCAGUUAGAGAACCUCACAAGUCUGCAACUCAAUCUUAGACAUAAUUACUUCAACAGUAUGGAAAAUAUUGAGUGGCUUUCCCAUCUUUCUUCUUUGAAAUACCUUGAUAUGAGUACAAUCAACCUUCGUAAGGUUAAUAACGGGCUGCAAGUGGUUAACAAGCUCCCUUAUGUAACCAACCUGUGGCUAGAUUUCUGUAAUCUUCUAGAUGUUGUUCCUCAGUCCUUCCCCAGGGUUAGUAAUUUGACAUCCCUUGCUGUCCUUGACCUAAGCAGUAGAAAUGUGUUUCAAGGUCCGAUUCCAGAAACUUUCAGUCUCAUGACUUCUUUGGAAUACCUAUAUCUCAAGGAAAAUCAAUUUGUAGGGAUUCCAAAAUCCUUUGGGAACAUGUGCAAAUUAAGGCUUUUACACUUGUCUGGUUAUCUGGGGCUGGGGGGAAUGCUUCAUGAACUCAUAGGCAACUUAUCUGGAUGUUUGCAGCUAUCAGUGGAAGAUCUGGCUUUAGAUAAUGGUGGAAUUGGGGAAGUCCUAUCUGAUCCGAUAACAAACUUCUCAUUGUUGAGAGAGUUGUCCCUUGGAAGUAAUAAUCUGAGUGGUACUGUGACCAAAAAUAUCAGGCUCCUUUCAAAUCUUGCGUCAUUUGAUCUUUCUUUCAAUUCUUUUGAUGGGGUGAUCACUGAAGAAUACUUCUCAACACAAUUUGAGUUUGGAACUUUGGACCUAUGGUGCAUAUCCACCGGCUGCCCAUAUGGGCAGCAGUGGCCGUUAGGCCACAUCAGUGGAAUGCGUCUUCCUCUUAGGUUUGUUCGUGACUCUAUGUCAUCUUGUUCAGUUGCAUUACUCCACUGGAAAAUAAAAGAGGCUUCCUUCUCAGCUACCCCUGUCUCCAGGACAACUGUUUCUGUUCCCUCUUUUUUUGUAAUAAAUUAUGUUGUGAUUCUACUGCACAAGAAAACUAUUGUUGGAUUAACUAAACAGCUGGAGAUGCUGAAGUUAAUUGCAUGGAGAGGGAAAGAUGAGCAUUAUCAGGGCUGGGUUGCCUCGUGGGGGAGUGAAGGAGACCAAAAAAGAUUGCUGCAAAUUGAGAGAGUUCAAUGUACGUAGCCAGAAAACUGGGCAUAGGGUGAUGCUUCAUCAGCAAUUACAACUAUGUCUGUUUUUCUAACAUGGAUCAAAGACCUACAGUCUAUAUAUGGUGGCGUCCAAUAUAAUCAAGACAAUGAAGAUGAAUUUUGGAAAGGAUCUAAACCUGAUGUGGAACUUUGGAAUGCCUUUGGCUUUCUGGGAGUUAUGGUUUUAAAGUUAGUGUUGGAGUGCAUAAACAUGUGAGUGGAGUUGAGUUGAGUGGUGUGCAAAGAUCUCACAUCGAUGAGAAACAAUGUGUUAGUAUAUUAUAUAUGUGGAGGCCCAUAAACCUAAUACGCAUACCUUUUGAGUUCAAUAUGGUGUUUCCACAUGUGUUCGUGGUCUUUCACGUGUGCCUAUCACAGCUAAUGGUUUGAUCUUGGUGUGAUCAAGUGUUUAAGGAUGGGAGACUCACAUGUUCAUGGGGAGGAGAUCCCAGAUCGAUAAGAAUCAAUAUGUUAGUAGAAUAUAUGUGGAGGCCCAUAAAUUUGACAGGUAUUUUUUUUGGAUUUAGUGUGAGAUUUUCUCAUAUGUGUUUGUGUUCUCUCAGUUGUGUGCUUCCGAGCCGGCCCACUAGACCCUCGCAUCAGGUAGAUCGUCUGCGGUUUCAUGUUUGUUUCCUAGUUUUCAACUAUGUUAAGAUAUGCCUCAGUAACCUGUAGGCCUACCUUUGUUUGAUUAUGGCAAAGCUUUGUUUGUUGGUAAGAAUGAAGGCUGCUAGAUUGCAAGGAACAUUCAAGUUUUAGGUGCCAUCACUUUUUCCCUGGAACUUGAGGGAGAUCGUACGUCUUAAACUUAUUUGUAACUUUGUCAUCUUGUGCAAUUGCACUACGUAUUUCAUUGAAAAUAACAGACCAGUCGCCUC